AUGAAGUUCCUUCUCACAGCUUUGCAGUGGUUGUUGCUCCUGUUCACCCCCAAAGGGUUUUGUUCCCAGGGAAUUGAUUGCCAGUGGGGGCCUUAUGAUGACUGGUCAGAGUGUGAUGGCUGCACGAAAUUACAGACAAGAAGCCGAGCCAGGGCUGUCUAUGCCCAGUUCGGAGGAAACCUCUGUGAUGGGGAGCCCACUCAGAACAAGUCCUGUGAAACCACAAAAGGCUGCCCUCUAGAGGACGGGUGUGGAGACAGGUUUCGCUGUCUAUCGGGGAAGUGCAUUAACCCGUCCAUGCUGUGUAAUGGAGAAGUGGACUGUGAGGGGGAUGCACACGACGAAGCAGGGCUUGGGGUCUGUGAAAAUGAAAAAUGGAUAACAUGUUUGGCUACAACUCCGCCACCUAACGUUGAGCUCCUAGGACUCGGGUUUGAUGUGGUGUCUGGGAAGUGGAGGGCCAGUGUCAUGAACACAAAGAGCUUUGGGGGUCUGUGUCGCUCGAUCGCCACAUUUCCCCCCUGGGCUCUGUAUCGAGUGCCCCUCAGUACUCUCCAGUACAAAUUCAUGUCAAAAGCUCAGAAUGACUUCAGUGAUGAGACGUUCAACAGUAAAUGGGAUUAUGCGAAGGACAUUGUCAACAGACAGAAAGUAUCCGGCACAACAUCAGAUUACCACAACUACGACUUUCAGGAGAUAAAGGGAAAGACCCAGACCCACAGGCUUUUGGUUUUAAGGAGUGACAUAGAGGUCGUUCGGUUUGAGAGUACUGCUCCUCAGUACAUUCCACUAUCUGAUGAGUUCUGGAGGGCUGUGGCCAAACUCCCAUCUGUCUACGACUACUCCGCCUACAGGAAGGUUUUGGAGAGGUUUGGAACGCACUACCUUUCUGAGGGAAGCCUCGGAGGAUCCUUCAGAGUCUUCGCCAAGAUUGAUGAAGUGCCUGAAGGACAAAUGGCUAAUGAAAGACUGGAUUAUAAUGAAUGUGAAAGGUCCAGACGUUGGCUUCAUAUAUUCCCCAUCACCCAUGUGGAUUGCAGGUCUGGUCAACAUCAACAAACAUCAUCCAGAGAUAACAUCAGUAGCAAUGUAAUGAGUAAACUGGAAGUGGAGGGAGGAGGCGUCGAACAUGUCGAAGCACUGACGACCACACAGCUCAAUGAUCCAGACAAGAACUGGGAGAUGUACUCAAACUGGUCUGAGUCUGUCGGCUCAUUUCCAAAGGUCAUCAAACCAAAGCUGCAGCCCCUGUGGGAGCUGGUGAAGGAGGUGCAGUGUGCCGGGCUGAAAAGGAUCCACCUCCGCAGAGCCACAGAGCAGUAUCUCGGCGAGGGUGACGCCUGCCACUGCCGGCCCUGUCGCAACAACGGCAUCGCUUUCUUGGAAGUUAACGUGUGCAAAUGCAUCUGUAAGCCUGGGACAUUUGGGCUGGCCUGUGAGGAGGGAGCUGAGGUGGACGGUCAGCAGGGAGUGAUCGAUGGAAGUUGGUCCUGCUGGUCCGCCUGGACAUCGAGCUCUCAGUGUCGAAGGACGCGGAGUCGCUCCUGUUCGAAUCCCGCUCCUCAGAACGGAGGACAACACUGCAUCGGAGAGUCAAUGGAGACGUGUGAGGAUGAAGACCCACAGCUGCAAUACUUAAAAACCGUUGAGCCUCAGUGCUUCGACCAAACUCUCCCAGCGCCUCAGAGGUGUGGGACCCCGCCUGCUCUGAUAAACGGCUAUAUACUGGACCCUAAGGAUGUUUACCUUGUGGGCAGUAGGGUUGAGUACACCUGCACUCUAGGUUUCUAUCACAUUGGUGGUGAACCCAUAGAAUGCACCGCAGAUCAAACCUGGUCACGCAAACCUGGACUGUGCUCAGUCCGCAGGUGCAGGAUUGGGUCCCUUGCUGAUGGUGUCAUAGCCUCGCCUUCAAAGCAGGUCUUCGGCAGAGGGGAGUCAGUCACCUUGUCCUGUCCAGAGGGUCGACAGCUAAUAGGAGAAGCAACGGUGAUGUGUUACCCCGGAUAUAAUUUUGUUCCCAACCCAAGAGAUGCUAAAUGCAGCCCAGCCAGUGGACAACAGCCAAGCUUGGCUAGCUUGGGCCACUGUCAACAGUGGGAGCAGUUUUCUGGAGGGAUAUGUGAUUGUAAAAUGUCACAUGAGUGCAAAUCUUCUUUGGAGUUGUGUGCCGACACUCAUGCGAUGAGUAGAAAACCCAACGUUGUGAAUGUGUGCGAAAUGCAAGCGCUGCAGUGUGAGGGGAAGAAGGUCACGCUGGCAGAGGACAGCACCUGCAUGUGGCCGCAGCGCAACACAACAGGCUGCACCAACUGUCACAUGUGGGAGACCUGUGGAGAUCAAACCAACGAGUGUCUCUGCAGGGACUCUGCAGAUUGCUCGACCCCGGGAUCCGAUGUGUGUGUGCGUGUCGGGGACGAUGCAGCUGCGGCCGCUCAGACCAUGAGCGAGUGUGAGGCGGGACUGCGCAGAUGUAAAGGAGAGAAGGUGUCGGUCGUCAGUAUCCUGCCCUGCACUUCCUGA